AUGGCGACAUCUCACCCAGAGAAUCCAGUGCGGUCGGCUGGAGCGCUCAAGCGAUUCCGUGACAUGCUUGACAAAAAGAAGCUCAAGAUCGAAAUUCGCAAACAGAAACGAGCGAUUCUCAUUGCCAACGCGCUGUUGCGUGGAUCGAAGCGCCUUGCUGACACUCCUUACGGACCUGCUAUACACGCCGCCGCGCAAGCCUGGAAGAGACACGCGAAAUUCCUUCCGUACGAAAACUCCGUUGCAGUACUGAAGAAGAAGUACAGCUUUGCCAACUACAACAAAGAAGUACGUCGUUACGUAUGUCACGGACUUCUCGAGAAGAUCGCAGCGCAAGAGAUCCGGGACCAAAUAUACGGAUACCUGGUUGAGCCUGGUCUAGUCACGCUCGUUGAGUCCUGGGAUAGCCUCAGGGACGAGCAUGAGAAAGACCAUAGAUAUGUGGGUAACCGCCGACAAGCAUGUCUAUCUUCACGAAACCACGAAUAUUGGAGCUUCGACUUCCUCUGCAAGCAGCCUGAAUUGCCGGAGAUCUUCCAGUGCGACCACGUUGGUCACAAGUUCUUAGUUGAACUAGUGCAGCACUGGUACAGAGUCAACACCUUCGUCAUUGAACGUCCCGAUGACUUGUCUCUUAUCCCAGACUUCGCCAUUCAAGAUCGUUGGCAGCUGGGCAUCGUGCCGCGCGAUCACAUCAAGAAUCUGGAGUUUCCCAUUCACGUGGCCUUCGUUGCUCGAGAGGACAAUGGCAAGCCGCCACCCCAAUUGCCGCUGCUGUGCAAGGGACUGGAACAGUUCCUGCAGUUCAGUCCUGGUACCAGGAUCAAUCUAAAGAUUGUGACCAGCACACCACCUAGGAGCAGGUUCAUCAAGAGCCCUUUCUCAUCGCGCAAUAUGGUCUCACGAACGCCGGAAAAAGGCCGCGUCUGGACGCGCAACGAGACAGCGAUACUGGAGUUUGUUAAGGAUUUAGAAAGCGGACUUUUCGACACGUUCAAGAGACUUUGUGAUGCUGGGCUUCGGCUGGUGUUUAAUGUGGACCCUUAUUAUGUGGGUCCCAACUUGGAGAUCAAGGUCUUUAAUGCCGAAAAGAUCACGUAUGAUUUGUGGGCUGAGAAAAUACUGGCGUAUGAACAGGAACUGGAAUGA